AUGAUUUGGUUCCAGACGGCGCUUCACGAGGCCAAGCGGCCCGUCGCCUUGGCCGGAGCCGGACUGAGCGCCGCCAGUGGCAUCCCCACUUUUCGAGGCGCAGGCGGGCUCUGGAGGCAGCACGAUGCCCUGUCACUCGCCACGCCCGAGGCGUUUCAACGCGACCCGUCAAAGGUCUGGCAGUUCUACCACUACCGCCGGACCGUCUGCCUCGCCGCCAAGCCGAACCCUGCACACAUGGCCCUGGCCAAGCUGCUCGCCUCAGGCGACGACGGCUCCUCUUCCUCGACGCCUUCGCUCCGGCAACGGAUCAUGCCCAAGGCCGAGUCGUUCCACCUCAUCACCCAAAACGUCGAUGGCCUCUCUGGGCGAGCCAUGGCCGAGGUGACUGGCACACCGGCGGCCUCCCCCCCGGCGGCGAGCGCCAACGUCCUCGAAAUGCACGGCAACAUCUUCAAGACGAUCUGCACGCGCUGCCGGCACUCGGAGAUGAACUACGACAACCCCAUCGCACCCGCCCUCGCGGGCAGCGAGGACCUCUCCCAGACCUACCGCGACAUCCCGCUCCACGACCUGCCCAGGUGCCGACAGCCCAACGGGGCCGGCACGUGCGACGGUCUGCUUCGACCGGGCGUCGUCUGGUUUGGAGAGUCGAUCCCCCAGCUCGACCAGCUCGAAGCGAUCCUCGAGGGCUGCGACCUCAUCCUGGUCCUCGGCACCUCGUCAACCGUCUACCCGGCCGCCGGGUUCGCACAGCAGGUCAAGCGGAAUCGAUCGGUGGGCCAGGGCAGGGGCGGCGGCAGGGUGGCCGUCUUCAACAUCGACGAGCGCAACGACGGCGGCCUCGCAGACUGGCACUUCCAAGGGCCAGUCGAAGAGCUCCUGCCCAAGGCUCUCGGGCUGGAUAGUGAUCCCUGA